AUGGCUUCGGGCUCAAAACCGGCUGAGAACAAGCUGUGGGGAGGUCGCUUUACCGGUGGCCUCGAUCCCCUCAUGGAGCAGUACAACGAGAGCAUUCACUUCGAUAAGCUCCUCUACAAGCAGGACAUUUACGGCAGCAUCGCCUUCGCCCGCGCAAACCACACCAACGGUAUUCUGACCCAACACGAGUUUCAGGAAAUCGAGAGGGGCCUUCUCGAGGUUGAGAAGGAGUGGGAGAACGGCAGCUUCAAGAUCGUUCAGGGCGAUGAGGACAUCCACACUGCCAACGAGCGCAGGCUCGGCGAGAUUAUUGGCAAGGAUAUCGCCGGUAAACUUCACACCGGCCGCAGCCGCAACGAGCAGGUCGUUUGCGACAUGCGCAUGUGGCUCCGCGACGAGCUUCGCAAGCUCGAGGGCCACCUGAUCAGCUUCCUGAGGGUCACCGCUGACCGUGCUGAGAAGGAGAUCGACUAUAUCAUGCCUGGCUACACCCAUCUGCAGCGCGCUCAGCCCGUUCGCUGGAGUCACUGGAUGCUCUCCUACGGCAUGGCUUUCGUCAACGACCUGGAGCGUCUUCGUGAGGUCAUCAAGCGCGUCAACAGGAACCCCUUGGGCUGCGGUGCUCUGGCUGGAAACCCCUUUAACAUUGAUCGUGAGGCUAUGUCGACGGAGCUCGGCUUUGAGGGCCUUCUUUGGAACUCUAUGGCCGGUGUCGCCGACCGUGACUUCGUCACCGAGACCCUGCAAUGGGGUUCGGUUCUCAUGCAGCACAUCUCGCGCUGGUCCGAAGACUUGAUCAUCUACUCAUCCGGCGAGUUCGGCUUCGUCCGCCUGGCCGAUGCCUAUUCUACCGGCAGCUCUCUGAUGCCCCAAAAGAAGAACCCCGACAGCUUGGAGCUUCUUCGUGGAAAGAGUGGCCGUGUCUUCGGCCAAAUGGCCGGUUUCAUGAUGACCCAGAAGGGUCUCCCUAGCACCUACAACAAGGACCUUCAAGAGAGUUGGGAGCCUAUGCUUGACCACGUCAAGACGGUGAGCGACAGUAUUCAGAUCGCCGAGGGUGUUCUUGCAACCCUCGACACUCAGCCUGAGAAGAUGAAGGCCGCCCUCGACCCCUUCAUGCUUGCCACCGAUGUGGCCGACUACCUCGUCCGUAAGGGUGUUCCUUUCCGCGAGACUCACCACAUCUCUGGUCGCUGUGUCGCCCUGUCUGAGAAGACGGGCAUCCCAAUGAACGAGCUGUCGUAUGAGCAGUUGAAGGGUGUUGAUGCGCGCUUCGAAGAGGAUAUUGCCGAGACAUUCAACUACGAGAAGAGUGUCGAGAUGAGGGCUGCCAAGGGUGGCACCAGCAGGUCCAGCGUCCUGGAGCAGAUCGCCGUCCUGCGUGCCUCGUUGGAGUAA